GUAAGAUGUGUUGUGAAGUAUUCUUCUAAUGUAACUUCACACUUUCUCUAUACUUACUCCAUACAAGAUUCCCAUACAUGCUAUAAAAUGUACUUUUAUAAAUUAUAAGAGAAAAACUAUGUCAAAUGCAUACAUACUAUUACAAUGUGAUUUACUUCAUGUUUUUUGUUUUGUUUUGAAGAAUCAUAUUUAUUGAGAAUUUGAUUUGUUAGUGAUGAGUAUGUUGUGAUAGAGUCACCAUGCCGUUUGGUUUGGUGUCGGCAUGGAACAAGCGGCGAAGAAGCAAGUCUGAAGAUCUUUCAGACCCUUGGAUUUAUAAACCGGCCGAGUUUUGGCAACUUGAAGAUCAAACACCGCAAUCUAGUAAUAGGAUGCAUGGAUCAUCUGUUUUCACACUCAAAGAGAUGGAGGAUGCAACUUGUUCAUUCAGUGAUGAUAAUCUUGUUGGGAAAGGAGGGUUUGGUAGAGUCUAUAGAGGCAUUUUGAAGUCAGGAGAGGUUGUAGCUAUCAAGAAAAUGGAAUUGGAAGCAAUUAAAGCCGCAGAAGGAGAGCGCGAAUUUCGCGUGGAAGUUGACAUUUUGAGCCUGCUAGACCACCCGAAUCUUGUUUCUUUGAUAGGUUAUUGUGCUGACGGAAAGCAUAGAUUCUUAGUAUAUGAAUACAUGCAUAAUGGAAACCUGCAAGAUCAUUUGAAUGGAAUGAGGGAAAGGAAAAUGGACUGGCCUCAAAGAUUAAGAGUGGCAUUAGGAGCUGCAAAAGGCCUUGCUUAUCUCCACUCAAGCUCUUGUGUUGGAAUUCCUAUUGUUCAUAGAGAUUUCAAAUCCACCAAUAUUCUUUUAGAUGCCAAUUUUGAAGCAAAGAUAUCUGAUUUUGGGUUUGCAAAGCUAAUGCCAGAAGAACAUGAAAUACAUGAAACUGCUAAAGUGCUUGGUACAUUUGGCUAUUUUGACCCGGAGUAUACAUCGACGGGAAAAUUGACUCUACAAAGCGAUGUUUAUGCUUUCGGUGUUGUUCUUCUAGAGCUCUUGACAGGACGUCGAGCUAUAGAUCUAAACCAAGGUCCGAAUGAUCAAAACCUUGUACUACAAGUAAGGCACUUACUGAAUGACCGCAAGAUGCUCCGUAAGGUGAUUGAUCCAGAGAUGACUAGAAAUUCAUACACCAUGGAAUCGAUAUUCAUGUUUGCGAAUCUUGCGUCACAAUGUGUUCGUGCGGAGAGUCAUGUGAGACCUUCAAUGAUUGAUUGUGUUAAAGAAAUUCAAAUGAUUAUCUAUAGAAAUGCAAAAGGGUUGGGAAUGGUUAUGCAUAGUUUGAGGAUGCUCUAGUGACAGAAAUACUUUAUUAUACAUACUAUUAUUUGUGAGUUAGAUAAUUCAUGUUAUCAAACUGAAUGAAUAAUGUUUGUCAGAAAUCUUUGGCAAAUUUGUCCAUAAAACAAUAUUGGAAUUUGAUAGUGUUAUAACAGAAUAUG